AUGUCGACUCAGAAACCGCAGCAGGGAUCACCACCACUAACUCCGGCGUUCACUCCAGCCAUGCGUGAUCUGCAGGCUCGGGGGAAGGACCCUUUCCAAGGCAAUCCUGGGCACGAGGACCACCACUCUGUGAUGCAUCUUGGGCUUGGGCAGUGCCUCCCCAAGGACACGUACGAGGCCAGAGAGCGCAGGGCCUAUGCCAUGUCGGUGCUGGACUCCCCGGAGAAGCUGAUGAUGUAUGCCCAGAGCGAGAAUGAUUCUAUUCCCAGCCAGCGGCUGCGCUUCAUGCAGAUGGCCGCAGGCCUGAGCCCCGAGAGGAUGAACCCGGACCUCAACAUGCCCCCGGAGAUCGGGUCGAAGAGCAACCCGCCCACCCAGCUGAAGGGUCCGGAGUUGGGACGGCGGAUCGUGAGUGGUGCUGGCGGCUUCACCAUUGCGGGACCCUCGAGCGGAUGA